AAAUCAGUUUUAGUGUGAAAUCCUUAUAAAGCGUGUGUUUUGUGUGGUUUUUACGCUUGAAUUGCAAUCGAUUGAGUCAAUUGUCGUUUGGAUCACAUGUUUUACGCUCGCAGACAGUGAACAACCGAUUGUCCGCUCGAAAUACCCGGACAUCAGCCGAAGAGGAGGUCCCGCUAUAACGUAAGUGUAGUGUCGGGACAAUGGGUCAGACGCUGUCAGAACCGGUGACCGCCAAAGAGACGACCAGUUGUGCGAACGAAGACUAUGUGGUCGGCGCCUCCUGUAUGCAGGGCUGGCGUAUCAACAUGGAGGACGCGCACACACACAUCCUGCAGUGUCCGGACGACAGGAACAGCUCGUUCUUCGCCGUAUACGACGGUCACGGAGGCGCUAAAGUGGCUGAAUAUGCGGCCAAACACUUGCACCGAAAGAUAUGCACUCAUCCGCUGUUCGCGAAGGGAUUGAUCGAUGAGUCCAUCCGUCAGUCAUUCCUCGAGUUGGACGCGGAUAUGCUUAACGACGACCAGAUGCGCGACGAGUUGGCCGGCACUACAGCCAUCACUUGUCUCAUCAAAAACAAUAAGAUCUAUUGCGUAUGA